CUACAGUACCGACUGAAUGAUUUAGGAUACAAAUGACAGCUGUAAUUUGUAGCACGUGUACUUUUAUGAUAUGAAUUUAAAGUAAAUGAAAUUAUAAUAGUAUAAUUUUAUAACAGAAUAUCAAUCAUUUGAUCAUGGAUGCACACGAUCUCUUCAAGAAAUUGUCUGUUGGGACAAAAUUUGACAUGAAACGCUUUCGUACAGAUGCCCAAAGAUUCCAAUUUGCAAAGAGGCCAAAGGAGAGAGAGACUGUGAAAGUUAAAAUCGAGAAAGAAGAUGAUGACUGUUUGGAACCUACCAAAAGACUGAAACUGGAGGAUGCAAAUGAAAAACAGAUAGAAAUAAGGGAUACUGAGGAAACGAUAAAUGCUUUGACUCUUAUCAGUGGCAUAACAGUACCACAGGAUGGGAGUAAAAUCAAAAUCAAGAAGCAAAAGAAAGCCAUGACGGAGCAGAAGAUAAUGCAACUAGAACAAGAAAAGAUAAAUCAAACUAGAAAUCAAAAUCGUAUAUCUGUAGUGGGACGGCAUGCUCCACCACCUAUAGAAUCUUUUUCACAAUUGUCAACAGUACACAAUGUUGCACAGGAUUUGAUACAAAAUCUAAAAACUUGUGGUUAUGAGCAACCUACUCCAAUUCAGAUGCAAGCUAUCCCUAUUAUGUUACAGAACAGGCAGCUACUUGCCUGUGCACCAACAGGUUCAGGAAAAACAGCAGCAUUCCUUUUACCAAUAAUUCACCAUUUGGGUGGUCCGCAAAAGAAAGGAUUCCGUGCAGUAGUUGUAUGCCCAACCAGAGAAUUGGCAAAGCAAACCUACAGAGAAUGUGUUAGACUAAGCGAAGGUCGUGAUUUCAGAAUCCAUAUUAUUAGUAAAAUUAAUCAAGCUUUAACUAAAUACGGACCAAAUAGCUCUCAAAAAUAUGACAUUCUUAUCACAACACCUAACAGAUUAGUGUUUCUUUUAAAUCAAGAACCUCCAGCAAUUUCGUUAAGCAACGUGGAAUGGCUGAUUGUGGACGAAGCAGACAAAUUAUUCGAAGAUGGUGUACGAGGUUUCCGUGAUCAACUAGAUCAAAUCUCACUGGCAUGUACAAAUAGUAAUUUGCGUAGAGCAAUGUUCAGUGCCACGAAUACACCAGCUGUAACAAAAUGGUGUCGGCAUAAUCUAAAAGGCCUUAUAAAUGUUACAGUUGGUCAGAGAAAUGCCGCAACUGAAUUAGUCGAGCAGGAAUUGUUAUUUGUAGGAAACGAAAGAGGCAAAUUGGUUGCGUUCAGAAAUAUAAUUCAGAAAGGUAUGUCUCCGCCAGUAUUAGUAUUUGUCCAGAGUAAAGAAAGAGCUCAGGAACUUUUUAACGAGCUUAUUUAUGAUGGAAUCAAUGUGGAUGUCAUUCAUGCAGAUAGAACUCAAACCCAAAGAGAUAACGUUGUGAGGUGUUUCCGAGAGGGAAAGAUUUGGGUAUUGAUAUGUACCGAACUCAUGGGUCGUGGUAUUGACUUCAAGGGAGUUAAUCUCGUCAUCAAUUAUGAUUUUCCACCAUCGGCCAUUUCUUAUAUUCACAGAAUAGGACGUACUGGUCGUGCUGGACAUAAAGGAAAAGCACUAACAUUCUUUACACAAGAAGAUACUGCGAAUUUGAGAAGCAUUGCUGCUAUAAUGCGCGAGUCCGGUUGUGAAGUACCAGAAUAUAUGCUUGCUAUGAAAAAGCAUAGCAAGAAGGAAAAACGAAAAAUGGAACGUGAAGCUCCUAAGCGAGAUUCAAUAUCUACCAUUCCUACGUAUGAAAAACAACGGCGUGAAAAGCAGAAGAAAAGACGGGAGGGAAGUAAUCGAGCCAAGGAAAGUCAGACUGUAGAAUCAAAUGGUGACAGGAUUAAAGAAAAUACCGGAAAUAAAAGUGAGAGUUUGACUAAUAUUAAGAAAAAGAAAACAUCGAGAAUUGGACAACAAAUUAAGAAAGCGGGUACACGGGUAGGUGGGUCGUUUAGUAAGACCUUAAAAACCAAUCAAAAAUCUAUAUCGACUAAGAAAGUCAAACAGUUAAAAACAACGAUUAAGAGCGCAAAAAAGAGGACAAAUAUUAACGAUGAAAAUAAGUAGUUGUACACAAUGUAAGGAUUUCUCACGGACAUAUAUUUCACACAUACUGCCUGUAGUAUAAAAAAAUUCGAAUAAAUCGUUAAAAAAAGAAA